AUGCACCUAAAGCCAUACUGGAAACUCCAAAGGGAAGAGUGCCCUCUGGACGUCAGCAGGGAGACACUGAGAACACCUGUGAGCCACCAGAAGGCCCUCAGCGAUGCAGAGUGUGCAGCCCGUAACGUGAAGCCUGCUGUCUCUCCUUCAGCCUCUCUGGGUAAAGCAUCGUCUUGGAGGCCUCUUGAGAUCCUUUCUCCAAAUGUUCUGUGCAGUAUGAGUGGGAAGAGUCCUGUGGAGAGCAGCUGGAGUGUGAAGGCCAAGAAGAAUGCCCAACCUGCAACCAUCCACCAGGGCGAAGGGGAAGGGCUGCUUGAUAUCUGGGCUGUUGUGAGACCGGGAAAUACCAAGGAGAAAAUUGCAUUCUUCGCAGCCCACCAGUGUGGCAGUCGGAUAGGACCCAUGAAAAGCAAAAGCUCCUGGGACAUUGAUGGGCGCGCUAGCAAAAGAAGGAAAAAGUCAGGGGACCUCAGACAAGCCAAGACACAGCUGGAGAGGAUGAAGGAUGUUGGCAGCAGCUGCUACCAGCCUGAAUCUGCUGCGUGUGGCCCUGAGCACUGUUCUGUGCAUUGCAUGAGCGACGGUGAGGAAGGGAUCUGCACCGGGAGGCCCUUGUCGGUCAUCCAGAUGGUUGCCCUCCUCGAGCAAAGAGCCAGUGCUCUGCUGGCUAGCUGUGUGAAGAACUGCACCAACUCCCCUGGCGUUGUGAGGUUUUCCAGCCAGUCUAGAGGCAUGCCCCCAGCCUGUGAGCCCUUCUCUGCCCCCGGAGCGUGCGAGGAACCCACAGAGAGGAGGAGUCCUGAGGUGGGCGAGCCGCAGAGCGAGCCAGUUCGUGUCCUCGACAUGGUUGCCAGGCUGGAAUCCGAGUGCCUGAGGCGGCAGAGCCAGCGGGAGCCAGGGAGCCUCUCCAGAAGCAACAGCUUCCGACAGGGUGUGGGCAGGGUAUUGCUCACCCCCGAUACUGCACAGAAAGGCGUCCCGGAGGCCUCCGAGGCGAAGGUCACGCCUGGGGGCUCUGUGUCUGCAGGCUGUGGCCCCCCAAGAUCUGAGCCGUGUUCUCCUCCAGAGGCCCAGGAUCGGGGUUGCCCCUCACUGCCAGCGGCUGGGAGUCCCCUUGGUGAAAGCGUAGAAGUGGCAUCUGGCCCACAGGCUGUGAGACUCAGCAGCAGGCAUGAUGUGGAGAUGGCGGACGAACUUGCUGGGCUACCUCUGCCGUCACAUGGCUGUUCCCAGAGCACCGAGUUGUCCACAGAUGCUGUUGACUGUGUGACUGGAGAGCUUAUGCUACUGCCUAGCCAAAGUCCUGACCAGAGAAGGAAGGGCUCUCAGUGCAUGAGUGUCACUGUGUCCAAGGCAGAGGACGACCGGCCUUCCAGUUUAAGCUUCCGUGAAGACCCACUUCCGGGGAUGCUAUUUUUCUUGCCGCCCGGGCAGCACCUGCCAGACUGUUCACAGCUGAAGGGAAGCAUGGUAGAAACGUCCCCAGAGGCCAGCCUGCUUGCAGAGCCUGCAGAGGCUGACGAUGCAUCUGAGGUCGGAGGCUCAGCCGAGUCCCACGUGCCAGCAGCCUCCACGGUGGGAGGUGCACUCCAGGUGCCCGAGGCCUCCAGCUGGAGGAAGCCAGUGUCUCAUGACUUUCUGGAGACCAGGUUCAAGAUCCAGCAGCUCCUGGAGCCUCAGCAGUACAUGGCCUUCCUGCCCCACCACAUCAUGGUCAGAAUCUUCCGGCUCCUUCCUACUAAGAGCUUAGUGGCUCUCAAGUGCACCUGCUGCUACUUCAAGUUCAUCAUUGAGUACUACAAUGUCAGGCCAGCAGACUCCCGCUGGGUUCGAGAUCCCCGCUACCGAGAGGACCCUUGCAAGCAGUGCAAGAAGACGUACGUGAGGGGAGACGUGUCCCUGUGCCGGUGGCACCCCAAGCCCUACUGCCAGGCCCUGCCCUACGGGCCUGGGUACUGGAUGUGCUGCCACCGGUCUCAGAAGGGUGUCCCUGGCUGUCAGUUGGGGCUUCAUGACAACCACUGGGUUCCUGCCUGCCACAGCUUCAAUCGUGCGCUCCACAAGAAAGCCAGGGGGACAGACGCAGACGAGGAGUGCUGAAAGCCAAGGGCGCGCCAUCAGAGGCACUGUUUCAGCGCACGUGACUCCUGAGUUGUCUCUGCGAGAGAAACUGCACUUACUCUGUGAGGCUGUCCUUGCUCAGGCAUCUUUUAAAUGCUCCAAUCCCGAGCUGUACGGGAAAACCCGUCGCCUCGUUUACGGCGGCACCUCCCAGCUGACCCAGGUGGUACCCCCAGUUUGAUUCCAUUGGCUGUGAAUAACCACACCUGUCUUCCUGAGUCAGACCUGUCUUCGAGGAUGGAGACCUGUCCCCACCAGAGUUGCUCAGAAGAGCUCACUGCAGACCCUGCAGGCAUCCCUGCAGGCAAGGUUUCUAGACAUGUUGCGGGCGCUGGCAUCGCACAGGAAAUAUGUGGAGCGUGUCCUGGGAAGAGGGGCAGGACUCUCAGGUGGAAGCCAUUCUUGUAAGGAAAAGUCAGGCCCUUACCCUAGCCUUGCGAGCGUGCUCCAUGAGAGUGGUGUUUGUCGUUGGAGGUGGACUUCCUGCCCUGUGGUGUUUACAGUGUAUAUAAUGGUUGUGUUUUCAUAGGGCUGUGAAAAUGCACAUUAAACCCGAGCGCCUUUACCUGUUGACUAGUGCUUUGGCCCCUCUGUAGAGAACUUGGUUGCAAUCCAGUCGCAGAGGACGGACAGCGACGGAAUGCCAUCAUUGCCACAGUGCAGCUGGAAUCACAUAGCGGCUAUGUUUGUGUGUUUUUUAUUGUCUCAAAUUUGUACAUCCUGUAUAAAAUAUGAAUGUUUCCCAAAUAAACUAUGAAUGUUUCCUGUAUAAUAUAUGAAUGUUUCUGAGAAGAAACUCUAAAUAAUUAAAGGCUAACCUGUUCAAAGGAUACCAAAUAAUGGUUUAACUGGACAAGCCGAAAAUUAGCAUAGACAACAAGCCUGUUAUAUUUUAGCCAUCUGCUGAGACUGAGAGAGAACUAUAUAGUCAGAUCAUAACAUUCUUGUCUACUUGAUUCUUUGUCUGGUUACAAAUUUUUUUUUAAACUUCAAUAAAAACAUGCAUCUUAAGUGGA